AUGCAAGGUUUAGAGAAUGAUGAACCAAUACCUCGUGGUAAACCGAAUGAAACAAUUAAUUUUGAUACACGUAGACAUUCUAUUAAUCAUGAACCACAAUUAUCAGGUGCAAUAGUAAUAGAAAAAUCUGAUUUAUGUCGUUUACAAGAUGAAGAUUUCCGUUCACGUAUUGCUGCAAAUAAAUCGGGAGAACAUUCUAUCGUUGAUGAAUAUGUUGAUGUUGAACGUCAUCAAAGUGUAUCUGAAUAUGAUCCAGUUGUUCAUCCAGAUUCAAAAACUGGUCGUUUACAUUUAUCAAUUCGAUAUGAUGAUGAACGAAGUAAAUUAAUUGUUCAUAUCCUUAAUGCUGAAGGUUUAAUAAGACCCGAACAAAUACAUUCACCAGAAAUGUGUUUGACAUUUUCAUUAACUGGAUUACCGGAUCAUACAGAAAAACAUACAAGAAUUGUUGUAGACAAUGCAGCUAUAUCAUGGAAAGAACCUUUAACAUUUUGUAUAACAUUCGAAAGUAUGACAAAGAAAACUUUAUAUAUUCUUGCAUCGAAUAAAACUGAUCCAGAAGCAAUUCAAGAUCGAGAAUUAUCAAUUCAAUUGAAUGACCUUGGAAGUCAAGGUGAAGAAAUAAACGAAUGGUUUGAUUUACAAUUUGUGCAAUCAUCGAAUUAA